AUGGCGCCAUCACGGCAGGUGCUGCAUGGCAGUCAGUUCAGCUCGGCGGAUGUUCCCACAACCUCCGAGGAGUUGCGAGCGAUUCCGCACAGCCGGCGCCCGGUCUGUGCGAUGUUCACUCACAGCUUGGAGAGGAACGGUGCGAACAACUUUUGCCUCUACAUUGCCCGGGUGUUGAAGCACAGCCAGCCGCUGACCAUCUUUUCUCCCAAGCCUGGCCCGAUGAAGGAGGACUUCGAGAACCUGGGCCUGGAGGUCACCAUCGUAGACACCACGUCUCCCACCUUCCUGAAGGACUUGCGGGUGGCGCUCCUGGAGCGCAAUGUCGGCCUGCUCCUGGCCAACACGAUCAUGCGCUGUGACAUCAUCCUCAUGGCAGCAGACAUUGGCCUCCCGAGCAUCUGGGUAAUCCAUGAGUCGUGGCCGCAGGACCAACUCGACCACUACGCCAAGGAGGUUUUCAUGUGCAAGGACAUUGAUUCGGCUGUUAUCAAGAGGGCCUUCGCGGCUGCAGGGACCAUUGUCUUCCCCUCGGACAUGCAGCGACACCUGUAUGACGGCAUGUUCAGGCCCGAGGCAGGAAUCACCAUCUACAACGGCAUCCCUCUGCAACAGCUGGACCACUUCAAGCAAACUCAGGACCGCCGCGAGGUGCGCGCGGCCUUGGGCUACACCGAUGACGACUUCCUUGUCUUGCAUCUGGGCACGGUCUGCAGCCGCAAGGGGCAGAUGUUCUCAGUCACCGCCUGUUCAAGGCUGAUCAAGGAGGACGGCUGCAAGAACCUGAAGCAGCUCAUCGUCGGGGCCCGAUACAUUCGGGACCACGAGAUCAAGUACAUCGACCAGAUCUUCGAAGUGGCCGCUGCCCACGGCGUGUCCUGCCGGCGCUGGGAGGAUUUGAGGGAGGAGGAGAGGGGACAGCCCCAAAUCACGGUCAUGGACAUCCAAGCAGCGGUCUUGCGCUUCUACAUGGCCGCCGACGUGGUCCUGGUGCCUUCCCUCAAUGAGGUCUUGCCCUUGGUGAUCUGUGAGUCCAUGGCCUUCGAGCGCCCCGUUGUGUGCAGCCGGAUUGAUGCCAUCCCCGAAGCAGUCACCGACGGGGUCGAGGGAUUCCUGGUCCCCCCAGGCAAUCCAAAUGCCAUUCGGGAGGCCGUGUUGAAGCUGUACAAGGAUCCGACGCUGCGCGAGAGAAUGGGAGCAGCAGGAAGGGCUCGCGUGCUAAAGCAGUUCAGCUACGGCCGCAUGGGCGAGCACUACCGGGAGUUGCUGGACACGGUGACUUCGCAGCCAAAUGCCGCCCUCAAGGAGGAAGCGUCUCCUCCGAAGCUCAAAGGGCGCACGGUGCUGGUCGACAUGGACAACACCAUCGUGGACUGGGAUGGCGAGUUCAUUCGCCGCUAUGCUGCGGCGUCAGGUCGCGACCUCCAUGAGGUGGAGAAGAUCGUCCGCAACCGCGCGAAGUUCGAGAUUGAGGAGAACUUCGACGCGUCCGAGCGCGCGAAGGUCCUUGAGACCCUGGCGUCGCCGGGCUUCUACGAAAGCCUGGAGCCACUCCCUGGGGCGGUGGAGGCCCUUCAGACCCUCGUGGCGGAGGGCGUGGAUGUGAAGCUCGUCACAGCUCCCCACCCUACCUGUGCCGGGACCUGCGCAUUGGAGAAGUACAUUUCGGUGGAGCGUCUCCUGGGAGCUUCCUUCCAGGAGCGGCUGAUCAUCACCCGAGACAAGACCAGCGUUCAGGGAGAUCUGCUAGUGGAUGACAAGCCCCGGGUUACGGGAAGCAAGCCGCAGCCGUGGAAGCACGUGAUCUUCAGCCAGGCCUACAACCAGGUUGUCCUCUUGGCCGUCGUGGCGAACCGUGCUGUCCGCUGCUAUCUGAGCAGAUGCUGUGUGAAAGAGGUCACGCAGUGGCCGCCCAAAAUACACGGUGAAUUCAGAAAUCGUGGUGCGCAGCAACUCGUGCUCCUAGCGCCCCCUUUUAUUGCAUUGCUGGUGGCAAUCUACCAUGCACAGGGAGUGGCCGACCGUGCCAUGUAUUUUCCAGGCAGCAGCUUCCAGCAAGCUUUUGUGCUGAGCUCACAAAGUCGCUCGGCAAUCCCUAGUCGUAGCUCCGCAACCUUGGUUGCUCCGGCCUCCCACAUGUGGCCGUUGAAGUUCCUGCUGUGCUUCUUGUUCUGGGAAGCCUCUUGCCAAUGUGCAGAGGACUGCGACUCCCCAGCCUUACUCUCGGUUGCAAAGCACGGGGGCUCCUUUCACAACGCCCGGCUGCUGCGCUGCGCCUGGGCGCCCCCCGGCGAUGCUGCCUGCUUCGACACCGAGCCGCCACCCACAUUUACAGUGAAGUUCGUGCUUCGAGAUGGGCGCAGCUUCAAGGUCAAAACCUACCGGGAUUGGGCGCCGCCCUUUGCCCAGCGCUUCUGGCAGCUCUCGAAGCUCAACUGGUGGAAGAGGGUGGCCAUCUAUCGGAAUGACUACAGAAACGAGAGCACACGCUUUGUCAGCCAGUGGGGCUUGGUGGGCGACCCAAAAGUCAACAACGCCUGGACCAAGUGGAAGACCAGCAACGCGACAGCCCCAGCCCUGGAGACCAACACUCGGGGUCGGGUGGCCUUUGCCAUGGAUGCGGUGACUUGCCAAGCCGGGCCUGAUGACCCAUGCCAGCCGCUGCGCCCGAACUGCACGGCAGCGGACUACUGCGCCCUAGGAUUCAGCACGGAGAUCUUCGUGAACUACGGAAACAACUCCAGGUUGGAUGCUCAUGGCUUUGCCCCCAUCGGCGAGGUGGACGACGAGGGCAUGGAAGUGCUGGAUGCCUUGGGCUCUACUCUCGGCAACCUCUAUGGGGAGGUUCAAGACCUGUGCCCGCCUACGCCUCCAGCUUCGGAGCCGUACUGCGUGUACCGCGACGGGAAACCCGCGGGGGUCAACGAAACUCUGUUUCAGACGUGGGGUAAUCCCUACAUUCGGAAGGACUUUCCGGUAAUGUUCCGUCUUCGAAUUGCCUCUGCCUUUGUGGAAAGUGACCGUCCAUACGGCACUUACGGCAGAUACCACGCGUACGCGGGAGCUUCUGAGAAUUAG